AUGGAGUCUGGCAUGUUUGAGGAUGAGUUUCAAAAUGAUGGUUCUUUUCUACACGAUGAGUUUGAGGAUGGUGAGAAUUUUGAGGAUACUGAGAAUGAGACAUCGGAUGCAACUGAUGAUCCAAAACGACAAGGCUGGUUGGUCCAAAUCAGAAAUUUGAAUGGAGAAGUGACAGAACGUCGUAUGUGGGCUAAACAAGUUCCUAAACUUCCUGUUACGGAGCAAAUUAUAGUUCCUUUUAAAGGAAAUCAGCCUGUUGGAACUGAUAUUGAUGGGCUCCUAGGACAAUAUCUGGGUCGAUUAGCUUCUAACCACAAAUUACUUCCUAUUAGUUUCAAGAAGUGGCCUGAGGUGGUUAAGACAUACAAAGAUUGGGUUUGGGAAAAACACAUUAAGUGGGAGCCAAUCCAUGAAGCAGCAGCAAGAACAAGCUUUAUGAUGGAUAUGGGGAAAAAAUGGAGGGAGAAUAGGAUACGGUUGUUCCACACCAAGUUUGACCAGACAUUAAGUCGUGAAGAAAAUAUCAGAAAUCCUCCAUUGUCAAUUCCACCAACAGAGUGGGCUGCCUUUAUAGAUUAUCGAUUGGAAGAGGACACUACGAAAAAAAGCAAACAAAAUGCAGCAAAUAGAGCAAAGCUUACGAUUAACCAUACCGGUGGCUCUAAGAAACUAAAGAGAAGAAGUGAAGAGAUUAUGAGUCAAAUUGGGAAACCAGUGAGUAGGGGCACCUUAUAUAUAGAAACUCAUAAGAGAAGGGAUGGGAGUUACAUUAAUGAAGAGGCUCGACAAGUUUGUGAGAAGAUUGCUGAAAUUGAGAGUCAGGGAACUGUUCCUGUAGAAGUCGCAAUUGAUGACUCUCUUGGACAAGUAAAGGGAGCAGAACAUUAUGGUCGUGUCCGAGCGAUUUAA